UAUAAACACAGACGCUGCAGAACAAGUUUGCAGUUUCGUAGUAGAAGUGGAGUUGGAGGUUGGUGGGCUGAGGGCGUUUAGUCAAAGGUAUCUUAUUUUUCUGUGUUUUAAGGAUAAAGCUAUCAAGUUUAAUGACCAUAGUGGAAAUCAUGAGUUUGACGGACGAAAGUGAUAGAAAUGUGUUGUUUCAACCAGAGGGAACUGACGGAGAUGAUGAAGGGACCGAACCUGAGCGAAGUCCUAGUCCAUUGAUGUUGGCGCUACGCCAACAAAAUUCUGAACGAGUUCAGCGAGGUGGUCGUGAUAGAAGUGGACGUAAGCAUGCACAAAAUUAUGAUUCUCGCAAAUUAUCAGAGCCAAUAUCUCGCAACAAUGGUAGAGUUCAACGAAACCAUAGUAAUGGAGUGCAUAAAAAUCAUGGUGGAGGUGCAGUUAAGAAACGCAGAAGGGGAAGGAAACGACACAACAAGAAGAAAUGGAAGCCAUACACGGAGCUGACCUGGGAAGAGAGAAAGGAGGUGGAUGAACGCGAGGCUACCAGAGCGGCGAAAAAGCGAGAAAAUAGACCGACACCUUAUAAUACCACACAGUUUCUUAUGGAAGAUCACAAAGUUGAGACUCCUGAUUUUUCGAGUGUUGCAAUGUUGAAAAACGAUUUGGAAUCUUCUGAUGAUGUGUUGGAUGAUAAUGCUGUUGGUGGAUUUCUUGAGAAAGACUUUACAGCAGUUUAUGAUGAUUUUCAAUCGGAAAGACUCCAGAAUAUGUCUAAAGGAGAUCUUGUUUCAGAGGUUUUGGCACUUUCAAGUAAAGUCAAUGAAUUGGAGGGAAGCCAGAAUCUUAAAAGACAAAAUUCAAAUUGUAAUGGAAGCGAUGAUCUUGAUAUGCACCUAAUUAGUCCAGAAGUGCGUGCACGAUUACAAAGUGUUGGGGAUUUGGAAGCAACAGUGUCGCAAUUACGAGAGGAAAACUCAAGACUCCAAUCAGAAAACAAACGUUUAGUUUCAUGUGCAACCAUUUGAAGAUGCGUUCUGUGUUGAGUUGUGUAAUUUUUAAGAUAAACUUGAUGAUAUUCCAAAUUUUAAAUUUGAAUGAUGCAAUACCAAAUAUAAAACAACUGCCAAUGGAAGGGAAAGGAACCCAACAAAGAUUAAAUUAUUCAUGUUAUUCUUUUUUAUAUGAACAAUUGAUAUGCAGAAAUUAGUAUAUCAUGUAUUAUUUGGACAUUCUGAACCACAUAAACUAUAAAUAUUUAUUAAAAUUUGCAAGAAUUGAGCCAAACCAAUUGGCAAAAUAUUUCCCACACAAGAGAAAAUGGAAUGUUAUGCAAAAACUUUUAAUAAUAAAUAAAAAAAGGUUUUGUUUGGAACUGAAGCAUGGACAAAACAUUUAAGCAAUAAUUAUUACGGUAAAAAAAUAAACAGUAAAAUACGAAAGUCUAUUUCUUGAGGCAUGUAUGUUUUUAAACAAGGUUUUUGCAAACUAUUUGCUUGUAUGUAUAUGGUAUGCACAAAAUUGUUGACGUCGCAGAUUAGUAAAAAGAUGUGCCUGUACCGUAAUAAAAACACAUUUUGUCAACCGGCCAUUAAGUGUAGAUAAAAAAAUGUGAUGAGACAUUUUUGGAUUAUUUGAUGAUAUUCUGCAAUCCUAAUUAUUGACCACAAUUGAGGUGAUACCAUUCCUGAUAUUUUAUAGUACAAUGAAUUUGACAGUGCCAGUAAACAAAAUGAUGCUAUUUCAAACACUAUUCCGAAGUAAAAAUCUAGAAUAUCAAGGAUAAUGAAUAUAAACCACUAUUUGGUUCACUUAGGAAUAGAAGUAAUUAUGCUUUAACUUGUGUCAAGUAAUUGUGAUAAUUUUCAUGUUGGUCCAUAAAAGGUGAAAGAGCAUAAUUCUGCCAGCUAAGGACAGAAUGCAAGCUAAAUUCAAAUAAAAUAUAAGUUAAUUUUAUAUUAGGUUUCCAUGGCAGUAAAAAUGUUCUAGUUCCCAAGUUGUCACAUUCAACACAAUUUGAUUAUUCAAAAUAUCUAAUAUCCGCUUUCAUGAGCAAAUUUUUUUGGAUUCCCAAAAAAAUUGUGUGUGCAUAAUUAUUAUGUUUAUUUGCUUUUUUGGAAUUUAUUUAUUUUUCAAUUGCAGGGAAGGGAGAUGUUCAUUGCUAUUGAAUAUUUUAAUUCGAUUCAAAUGUAUAAAACAAUGAAAGAUUUAUUGUGUAUUAUAUUGUUUUAAUUUCUAAAGGACGAUAAAGAAUUUUGGAGUUUUCAAAUAUUUUUCUACAAUAUGUAAAUGAAAAAAAAAAUAUUGCAAGAGUACGGGUAUUUGUUGAGGAUUUGUACUUUCAGAUAUUAAGUUUAGGAAAUAAAUUAAAAAUAAAAAAACUUGAAAAUAUUAAAAACCUGGUGCUAAAAAUACGACUUUAAGAUGUUCUAAAUUUAAAAAGAAAGGUCAGUAAAAACACCUGGGAAGUCAACAGUAAGAAAAAGUCGAAAUCCAAAAUUCUAUACGUCUCUAGAGAAGCUUGUAUCCUCAAAAUUUUGUUUUGUUCAAAAAACAAUUUUUAGAGAUUUAAGGGAGUUGUGUAAAUAAAGGAUUUCUGAGCUAUCAGAUAAGCUACAAG